AUAUCUGACAGACUGCAGCUUUGUUUUGCUCGUGUAUUUCCACGAUUUAAAUUUAUUUUUUUCCUAAUUUCUUUACACUAAAAUUAAAUAAAAUUUAAGUGAAAAUAUACCUAAGUAAUACGCUUUUAUUUUGUACUAUAUUUCAGUGUCAUAAUAGCUUUUAAAACAAGAUUUUAUCAAGAUCUAACUUAAUCGUGAACACGAAAUAUUUUAAGUGAAGUAAAGUGAUCGAAAUAUUUUCGUAAAUAAUGGAUUUAGUGGAGCACGAAUGGUAUAUACAAGCUCCUUGGGGCAGAAUCGCAAUAAUAGCAUGGGGCGACUGCUGCAACCCCCCCGUGCUGCUCUGUCACGGCAGUAUGGACUCCGCAGUCAGCUUCCGCCCGCUUGUCAGCAAGCUGCCCAGGAAUUAUUAUUAUAUUGGUUUAGAUCUCCCCGGUAACGGCAAGUCAGACCGCUUCUUACCGGGUCUGAUGAUCAGCGUGUACGACAUGCUGUAUGCUAUACAUGCGCUCGUCAAGCAUUUCCGGUGGAAGACCUUCACGCUUAUAGGACACUCCUUUGGAGCUUAUUUAGGUCAGUUCUACAACCUGUGCUACCCAGACAAACUGGACCGCUUGAUCAACUUGGACCCCAUAAAUUUCUUUGCUGUACCUCCCGAGGAGUUUAGUAGAUGGUAUCACAUAUUCUUCACGAACUUUUACAAGAAUUACGACAAAUACAACACGCCAAAAGAGAAGUCGCCUACAAUCAAAUGGACGGAGGCUCUGCAAUCCCUGAUGCGGAACAGGCCCAGUUUGAAUGAGGAACAAGCGGCAGCAGUGCUGGAACGCCUGUCAGAACCCGUUGGAGACGGAUGCGUUAGAUACACAUACGACUUACGAAUGAAACGCAUCAACGGGCCAGCCUACUCACCGGAACACGUAAAAAAACUGUUCACAGCUGUCAGAACCCCAAUUCUAACAAUAGCAUGUCAGAAAAGUCUGAAAAACAAGCUUUUCAGAAACACAGCAUUCUUGUUAGAUGAGGCAGAGUAUCCUGGGGGUAAUUUUAGGUUUAAGUCAGUUGAAGGGAGUCAUGAUGUCCAUAUAAGUCAUCCGGAGAGAGUGGCCGGGUUCAUCGGGCAGUUCUUGGAGUAUGGGGUAGAAGGGCUGGAUAAGAAAUCUAAGUUAUGAUUGGAGAAAUACUAUGAGUAUUGUAGUUAAAGUUUUCUUAGGUAAAUCUUGAGAAACUGAACGUAUUUUUUAUGUUUGUUGAAUAAUAUUCAAGGUCAAAAUUGAUAUUUUUUUAAAUAAGAAUAUCGCAGUCAAUUAUAAGUACCUAGUAGCCAAAACGUUAGUCUUAUGUAACAACUGCAUAGUGGCCAAGGUUCAUCAAAAUCCUUUUAGCCAUAUAACAUUUUACCAGCUUCCUGAGAUAACGACUUCCCGUACCCAUAUAAAAAUUUGCCUAAAUGUUUUGCUUAUUUAUUACUGUAUGUAUUACUAGUUAUUUUCCUGCGGUUUCAUCCGUGUCCCUAAGUAACUACUUCCAGUACCUGGAUAGGAAUAAAAUGUAUCCUAUUUCCAUCUCCUGGUUUUAACCUACCUCCCCACUUUUCAGCCAAGCCUUAUUUUUAUAUGUAGAGUGAGAAGGUAUCUUAUAUUGGUUGAUGAGAAAUUUAUAAUCAAUAUAUUUACUAUUUUAUUAGGUGAAGGCUGCUAUACUUAAAUAUUUUGUUUAGUAAAUAAAUAUGAAAGUUACCUGUAAUAGUAUAUAAGUUCACCGACAGCAUAGGUAAAUAUCAGAUUUUUCAAACAACUUAUUACUAUGAAAUUUUCGUUUAAUUUAUGUUGUCGGUUGAAAUGGGCCUACUUAAAGAUAUUCAAACUACAUUGCAUACAUUCAAAUUCAUAGUACAUGUAUUAUAAUUCAUGUAUAGAUUUUUGGUGUUUGUAAAAAAUGGAAAUUACUUAUUUACAACUUACUGAAUGAGAAAGUAUUAAGAACCUUACAAAAAAGCCACAACAAGGUAUUCAAAAUUCAUACACAAGUAUUUUUAAUAAGUAUAUGUUUUUCUUGUGGAUUAGUUUUGCUUGUCUGAGGUUAACCACUAAUGACUCCAUGAUAGUCAGAAUAAAUAGAAAUAUACCCCAGCGCUCGCGCGAUGCGACAAAUGGAUAACUUCAAAUUAGCAAACUUAUUUGAUGGGAAACUUCAUAUUUUUAUUUAAAAAUAAUAGAAACGCUGUAUAAAAUAAUGGCCUAAAUAGAUUUAUGAUUAUUAUCGUGCAAUUAAAAGUCAAUUAAAAUUAUAUUUUUAAUAUAAAGCAAAGGAAUUGUAUAGCAUAGAGAAUUUUUUGUUUUUGUUUUAUAUUUUACAUCUUUAUAUUUGGGAAUUGGAUUAGAUUAAGUAAGAAGUUUUGUUAUUUUUGUUUUUGUAUAUAAACAAAUUGUACAAAGUAUUGCAAUAGUUUUGUGUCUUACAUUCCCUUAACAAUGCAUUUGUACUUAUUUGCCUUAAAACUGUGUUGAAGGGUUCACCCCUUAAGUAUAUUUCUUAGAAAUUACAUAGUUCCAUAUUUUUCAAUAUUGGUGAUUGUGCAAUAUAAAUAUAAUUAAACCUACUAUAUUAUAAUAGUAUUAUUUUGUCCAUUGUCUAUUAAAAUAUAAAGAAAUCUUUUUCUGGUACAUUUGGGUAAAAUGGAUUAGAAUUCGUGCUAACAUAAGCACAAUAGGUAUGUUUAUUUUUGUUUCCCUAUUGUAUUUCUUACCGGAUCAAGUUAUUUUUAUUUGUUGCUAUAUUUUGUGCCAAACAAUAAAGUUCUUAUUAAAAAU